GAAGUUCACGUGAGAACCACGUACAAAAUCGUUGACAGAUAUAAGCGCCUCUGCCUAUAUAAUUAAGAAACUCACGGGUCGAUUUUCUGUACAUCAACAUAUCCUUUUAAUAUAUACUGUCAGUCUCAUUUGGUCCUGUCAGCUGGUGAAGAGGAGAGUAGAACGAUAAAAAUGUCGUUCGCCGAGAAAAUAUCAUCGAUUAUGCAAAGACCAGGACAGGACCCUGUUGCCAAGGACGAUGUACCUUGGUGGAUGAAGUAUGCUGGUCGAGGACUUGGAACUGUGGGUAGUAUAAUUGCAAUUUUUCUUGGAGUAUGGAAUUGUGCAUCAAUAUUAUUGGGUUCUGUAGAUUGCCUAAUAAGUGGUAUGUGGCAAAUGGUGGCUGGUUUUAUAGUUAUAAUGAUAGAAGCACCAUGUUGCUGUCUAUUUAUUGAUUUUGUACAAAACUUAAGUGAUUGGGUUGAAAAGAGACCUUAUUGGAAUAGAGCAGUUGCAUAUUGUUUAAUAGCACUUCCUUCAGUCUUCCUUUGUUUAGGAAUGAGUAGUCUAUUUGGCAGUGGUCUAAUAUUUGCAACAGGUGUAAUAUAUGGAUUAAUGUCACUUGGACGAAAAGGAACCAGGCCCGACCCAGCAGGAAUAACGUCGGGUGUGAGUUCCCCACAGGGUACAGUACCUCCUACUACAGAUCACCAUACUACUCUCGUGGAGGAUCCUGAUGUCUGGAGGCCUACAUAAAUCAUCAAACAUUCAUUGCACCACUUCUCUAACCAGAGCACCUUUCCGUGAAAUGAGAUCAGCAGCGACGAAUAUUGAGGUUCCUUCAUCGAGUAUGCAAGCUACACUUGUUGAAAAUGCUCAACCAAUGGGUUUUUCCAAUAAACCAGAUAGUAAUAUUUAAAUUUAAAGAAUUGGCAAAAGAAAAGUUUUGGUGUGAAUGGCGAUGAAUGUUGAUUUGAUGAAAUAACUAAUAACUGAGCUCAUAAAUAUGUAUUGUUUGGAACAUUAAUAUUUUCAUUAAUAUUUUAAUAUUUCAUCAUCUUCAGUUUAUGAUUCUGUAAAUUGUUACAUUAUUUCUGUUGAAAUAUAAAUAAAAUAAUUCAUUCUUUUUUUUAAAUAAUUCAUAAUUUAAUUUCAGUUGUGAAAUUUGAUAUUAGUACUAUAUUAGUAAUAUUAAUAUAUUAUUUACUAAACUACUAUUAUCGUUUAUAAAAAUUAUAUGAUUUUAAUUUGUCAUUUAAAAUAAUGCCAAAGUUAAAGACUGCUAUAAAAAUUAUAUUCUGAAAUUAUUUAUGGGCUCAGUUUUUUGUGAUCCUACUUGUCUAAUGUGUGUCAUAAUGUUCCAAUAAUGAAAUUUAUGAUGAAAAAAAUAAUUCUAUGUUAGUUGAUUUUGGAUGUAGUUAUCUUCAAAUUUUGUGUUUUGAGAUAAUAAAUUGUAAUAUUUUCAACUAAAAUAACUCUUCCAAAAUCAAAAUAUCCUAAGACUUUGAAACUGAUCAUUUAUAAGUUAUAGAAGAUGAACGAGUCACAUGUUAGCUUUAUCUUUACUUAUUGUUUAUAUAAUAUAAUUGAACACAAAGUAUCUGGCCAUCUGAGUAUUUUGUAUCUCAUUAAUUAACAUAUCAUUUUUCAUUCUAUUGCAUUUUCAAUCAAUUAGAUUAUCAUUAUAAAUAAAUUUCGAGUUAUUUUUCUUUUAUUAAUUUAAAUUCUCUUAUUAUAUUGUUUCAUAUAAAAUAUACUAAAUACCAAUAUGGCUGAAUAGUUUUGUGACUAUUUGUAUAUUUGGGGUAAGUCAUAUAGUUAGAACAAUUUAUCAUUCUUUUAUCGUUCAAGAUAAAUUGAUUUAAGAAAAAAUAAAAUAGUUUAAAUUAUUCAAA